AUGGGAAAAUAUGGGAAGUGGGGGGGAAGACAGAAACCCAGAAAAUAUAGGAACAUAUGGGGAACCUUUUUAUUGGUGUGUAUCUAUUGGUGUGUGUCCUGGGGCCCCGUCACUCUUGGGGGGCCACCCGGAGAGGAGUUCUUCUUCUCGGACGGCGGCAUCUUCUCCGACCGCGCGCUGACGAGCCACCAGGGCUGCCCCACGGAGCCCCUGGUGGACCUCGGCGCCUCGGCGCGCACGGGCUACCAGCUGCUGUGCGCGAUGCAGCCCCACUUCGCGGAAGGCAGCUACGACCUGCUGCGCAAGAACUGCAACUCGUUCUCGGACUGCGCCAUCCACUUUCUGCUCGGGAGGCGCCUGGACCGUCGCUACACCGCGCUCGAGCGCAUCGGCGUGCGGGCGGGCCCAGACAUGAUCGAGAAGGUCUUGAAGGGCAUGUACCGGCCGAACGAGAACGCGGAUGGCUUCUCGUUGCCAGGCGUGAUCUCGGCCGUGGAGAAGGUGAACAUCGCCGACCUGGGCUUCCAGCACGGAGGGAAGCCUUCGCUGGUAGCGGGCGCCGGCGUCACGCUGGUGGGCCUGACGAGCGCCCGCCACCUCAACGGCAUGGGAGCGACCAUCGUGCGCUUCAACCCCGUGAACAGCCGCUGGCUGGCUCGGCUGCACACCUCCGGGGAGGUCAAGGCCUUCCGCUCGGAGAACCUGCGGCCCGCGGGGGAGCUGGUGCUGGAGGUGGGCGACCUCGCCCGGAUACGCGGGCUCGCCUCGGAGCUGGGCAGGGCGCUCAAUGGCCGCGAGGGCGAGGUGCUCCGGUACGUCCACGAGUCCUCCAGGUACCGCCUCCAGGUGGGCGACGAGGUCCGCGACCUGCUCGCGGAGAACCUCGAGCCCCUGCGCCUCGGCAGCGACGCCAACUCGCUGCCCUCGCAGGACAUGCUGCUGUGA